AUGAGCGCCCUCCACUUGUGGGAUCAUCUGCGCGCCGGCAGCUCCGAGGUGGACUGGUGCGAGGACAACUACACCAUCGUGCCCACCAUCGCCGAGUUCUACAACACGAUAAGCAACAUCCUAUUUUUUGUCUUGCCACCCAUAUGUAUGUGCUUAUUCCGACAAUAUGCAUCCUGCUUCAACAGUGGAAUAUAUUUAAUAUGGACCCUGCUAGUCGUGGUUGGAAUUGGAUCGGUCUACUUCCAUGCUACGCUUAGUUUCCUGGGUCAGAUGCUUGAUGAACUUGCUAUACUCUGGGUUCUGAUGUGUGCUCUGGCCAUGUGGUUUCCCAGAAGAUACCUACCCAAAAUAUUUAGGAAUGACAGAGGCCGAUUUAAAGCGGCAGUAGGGAUCCUUUCUGGCAUCACGACCUGCCUUGCCUUCAUUAAGCCAGCCAUCAAUAACAUCUCACUGAUGACACUGGCUAUUCCCUGCACUGUGCUGCUAAUUGCAGAGCUUAGAAGGUGUGAUAACUUGCGAGUGUUGAAGCUGGGACUCUUUUCUGGUCUUUGGUGGACGUUGGCAUUUUCCUGCUGGAUCAGUGACAAAGUAUUUUGCGAGAUCUGGUCAUCAUUCAACUUCCCCUAUUUGCACUGUGUCUGGCACAUCCUCAUCUGUCUUGCUGCUUACCUGGGCUGUGUCUUAUUCGCCUAUUUUGACGCUGUCUCGGAGAUCCCUGAACAAGGCCCUGUCAUUAAAUUCUGGCCCAGUGAGAGGUGGGCAUUCAUCGGGGUUCCUUAUGUCACCCUCCUCUGUGCUCACAAGAAAUCACCACUGAAGAUCACAUGAAGCUUCAUGCUCAGAAGAAGAGGCCGUAGAACUAUU